AACCCUAUUCCCUCCCGUCAAGUGAAAGCAUGAAACUGGCCAGUUGUAAAUGUAGUUUUCAGUACAAAACUAAUCAUAGAAUUGAAGAAUUGUAAGGGGCCUAGAAGGCCAUUGGGUCCAACCUCUUACUCAAUGCAGGACUCCAAGUUACUCGUAAAGCAUCCCAAACAAAUAGCUCACCUGCUGCAUCUUGACUGCCUCCAGUGCAGGCCAGUUCACAAACUCUUCAGGGCCAACUAACUUGACUAAUUGCAGAAUUUAACUAAUCAUUAUUCUAUUUUGUUCUUAGAUACAUUAUGAAGCUAUGAUGAGCCACAAUCAAAGUCUAAUGACAAUGUCUGGAAAUAUUCAUCCAGAAGAAUACAGAAUUUCAUCACUUGUCUUCUUCAGCUUUAUUUUCAUAAUUGGAUUACUUGUUAAUGUCACAGCACUCUGGGUCUUCAGCUGUACCACCAAGAAGAGAACAACCAUAUCUAUUUACAUGAUGAAUGUUGCACUGCUUGACUUGUUUUUCAUAUUUUCUUUGCCUUUUCGGAUGCAUUACUAUGGAAAAGGUACUUGGAUCUUUGGAAAAGUCUUCUGCCAGGUUCUCAGUGCUUUCACUGUUUUUUACCCCAGUGUGGCUCUAUGGCUACUAGCUUUUAUAAGUGUUGACAGAUAUUUGGCUGUUGUUCAGCCCAAACAUGCCAAGAAACUCAAGAAUAAAACCAAGGCUCUGGUAGUUUGCACAGGUCUUUGGAUAAUAACCCUUUUGACAACUUCUUCAUUAUUCUUCUUAUAUCCUGAUCCAGAUAAAACUUCCAAUUUCACCACCUGCAUUAAGAUGAUGGAUAUUAUCUACCUAAAGGAAGUCAGUGUGUUAAACAUUUCUCGGAUGGUUUUUUUUUUCUUGAUCCCCUUGUUUAUCAUGGUUGCAUCUUAUCUAGUCAUCAUUUAUAGUCUCAUUCAUGGACGAAUUUCCAAGCUGAAACCAAAGGCUAAAGAGAGGUCAAUCAGAAUUAUUGUGACACUGAUCAUCCAAGUGCUUGUGUGUUUUGUGCCUUUUCAUAUUUGUUUUGUGUUCCUGAUGCUCCAAGAUGGACAAAUAAGCUACAAUCCAUGGGGAGCAUUUACAACUUUUCUCAUGAAUCUCAGCACAUGUCUAGAUGUAAUUCUGUACUACCUGGUUUCAAAACAAUUUCAAGCCCGAGUAAUCAGUGUCAUGCUUUAUCGUAAUUAUCUUCGAAGUGUAAGAAGAAAAAGUAUAAGAUCUGGUAGCAUGAGAUCAUUAAGUAAUAUCAACAGUGAGAUAAUAUAAAAAGUGUAUAUAUCUCUAUACGAUGCAUGCACCAGAUGAUUUAACUCAGGUUAAGAAAGUGUGGCAAAGCAUACUAAAAUGUUCCACUGUGUUAUGAAAGAAUGGCUUUAUUAUUCUAUCUCAAACCAUUUCCCCUGAUAAAGAGGUUACCCUAGUUUGAAACAUAUUGAUUU